CGGGAUAAAAUUGAAUAAAAACUGACAUUAUAUCGUUGUUUUCCCUCCUAGUUUUAUUUGGAUUACGCAUCAUCAAACUGUGAAUAUCUGGCAACGCGUUUAAUACGGAUUCCGUCCUAUAAACCUUGUCCAAAAUCGAAAGGAAGUCGUGAAAUGGUUUCCACGGAAUUUUCGACAAUGAGAGAAUAGUUAUGUUUUGAACAUUUUAUCAGACCUCCUUUUAUUAAUUAAGGACUAUUUAAAGUCCUUUUACAGCCACAAUGACCUCCAAGGCAGGGAUCACAGACAGAAUAGACCCUUUUGUGAAUAAGGCUGCUAUUAAAUCGAAAAAGCAGAAAAGAUCUCAGGGUUCAUCUCAUUACAGAACUAAAAAUGCCCCAGAAUUGCAGGCAUUGCCACAUUUAAAAGAUACUGCACCGUCGGAUCAACAAGAGCUGUUCACCAAGAAGCUGCAGCAAUGUUGCGCGGUGUUCGACUUCAUGGACCCCGUGUCGGACCUCAAGAGCAAGGAGGUGAAGCGAGCGUGUCUCAACGAACUUGUAGACUACAUCACAGCAACACGUGGCGUGUUGGCAGAACCUGUCUAUCCAGAGAUUGUCAGAAUGAUCGCCUGCAAUAUAUUCCGCACGUUACCUCCCAAUGACAACCCGGAGUUCGACCCAGAGGAAGAUGAGCCAACCUUGGAGGCCUCUUGGCCCCACUUACAGAUUGUGUACGAGUUCUUUCUACGAUUUCUUGAAUCUCCAGACUUUCAACCCAGCCAUGCAAAAAAGUUUAUUGAUCAAAAGUUUGUUCUUCAAUUGUUAGAAUUAUUCGACAGUGAAGACCCACGUGAGAGGGACUUCUUAAAGACUGUACUGCAUCGGAUAUAUGGCAAAUUCUUAGGCUUACGAGCUUUCAUUAGGAAACAAAUUAAUAAUAUAUUUCUUAGGUUUAUAUAUGAAACAGAGUCAUUUAAUGGAGUCGGUGAAUUACUAGAGAUUCUAGGCAGCAUUAUCAACGGGUUUGCGUUACCGUUAAAGUCGGAGCACAAGCAGUUUUUAAUGAAGGUUUUAAUUCCCCUACAUAAAGCAAAGAGCUUGAGUUUGUAUCAUGCCCAGCUGGCGUAUUGUGUUGUGCAGUUUCUAGAGAAGGAUGCCAGUCUGACAGAAGAUGUGAUCAAGGGACUUCUGAAGUUUUGGCCAAAGACUUGUAGUCAGAAAGAGGUUAUGUUCCUGGGAGAAAUAGAAGAGAUUCUGGAUGUAAUAGAGCCCACACAGUUCCAGAAAAUCAUGGAGCCACUCUUCAGGCAGAUAGCACGCUGUGUCUCCAGUCCACACUUUCAGGUUGCAGAGCGUGCGCUGUACUAUUGGAACAACGACUAUGUGACCCAGCCAGAAAAUUCCCCGACCGCUGACUGUGGGAAGAAACUAUAG